AUGAAGAUGAAAUCCAUAACCGAUAACGUUGUAAAAUAUAAUGAUGAAUUAUUCAUUAAAUGUAAAUGGGGUGAUUGCAAUCAGUUGUUCCCUAAUUAUACUCGUCUUCAUGUUCAUUUAAUGAGAUGUCAUAUAAAAUAUGCAACGCAUAUUUGUUUAUGGAAUGAUUGUCAAAUGAAUACUCUUCAAGAUCAUCUGCAAUUAUUACGUCAUGCAUUGUUACAUGCAUUUUUUGAAGAUUGUAUAGUUAAUACCAAUAAACUACUUAAAUCUCAUCAUGAAACAUGGAGUUUUGUCUGCUCUGGACCCAGUUAUCAAAAACCAGCUUAUCGUCAACGAUCAACAGACACAUUCUUAUCAAAUCCUGUAAUUUUACAGGAAGGUUUCCGUUGUCAAUGGAAAGAUUGUCAUUACGUUACAGAUGUAGCCGUCUUAUAUGUAGAUCAUGUUUUUCAGCAUGAUUAUUCGGACAAGCAUAGUGAUGAUGAUAAUGACGAUGACGAUAGUGAUGAUGAACGCCAUGACUAUGGUGAUGAUGAACGCCAUGAAGAUAGUUCUCAGUUAAUUUGUUUAUGGCAAUCAUUAGAUAAUGAUAAAAGAAAUAAUUCAACACAGUUGAAUACUUGUAACUUUGUAUGUAAUCGUCGUCCGGUACUUCGUCAUCAUGUGCGUCGUCAUACUGGAUUACCAAAUUACAUUUGUUCUAGCUGUCUGACUUGUUUUACAGAGUUUGCUAAUUUCAAAGAACAUUUUAUAUGGAGUUUACUUGGAGAUCAGCAGAAUGCGAUACGAUAUAAUGAGCCAGGCAAUGAAGAUAACCACUGUCCAAUUGAAUUGAAGAUUAUCGAGGAAUCGAAAUAUUUCCCCAAACAUCUUGUAGGCAUAGCUUUAUUUCGAUGUCCUACAUGUAUUAGAGCAUUUAUAACAAAAGAAUGCUGGUCUACCCAUAAAAAUGGAUGUCCCAAGUCAAAAAACAAAAUGAAGAUUACUGAUACUACUACUUCUACUAGUAAUAAUAAUAAUACUAAUACUACUACAGAUGAAGUAAUAAAUUCAAAACCAUCGAAAAAUAAUGCUGUUAUAAAUCCUCGAAAACGUGUUUCACAACCAUAUUAUAAAACAGUUGUAAAUACUACUGACUAUCUAUACUGUUGUCAAGUCGGUAAUUGUACAUAUAAGUCAAGUAAAUUAACUGGAUAUCGUUGUCAUUAUAGACGUUAUCAUUUAAGUAGUAAUCCUGAUGGUCUAUGGUAUUCAUGUCAUAUAUGCACAGCAUACAAAGCCGCUAGAUAUCAUAACGGUACGAGUGGUCCUUUAGCACCAGAUCUUGAUGAAAUCAUUGGAGACUCAGAUGAAGAAAGCCAAUCGAAUGAGGAGGUACUUACUUCCGCUGAAUUAUUAGAACGUUUAUAUCAAAUAUGGCAAAAUGAAAAGAUUGCACCUGUACUGCUAACUGCACACUCUGACUUAUUAGGUCUUAUUCAAACUGAAGUUAAUCAAUUAGAGUCUGAAGCGAAAUCUUUACCAGCUGGUGAUUUAAAAGCUCAAAUGAAACGAAUUCAAGUUGAACGAAUCCGUUUUAUUAUUGCAGAUUAUAUGCGGGUUCGUAUUAAAAAGAUUGAAAGAUUCGCUGAACAUGUCUUGGCUGAAGAACGAUCACGUAAUCCGAAUGAUCCACCGCAUUUAACUGUAGAAGAAUACCUUUUUGCUAAAUCGUAAGUUGACAUGUUUUAAAAGGAAAAUGAAAGGAGAACAGUUAAUCACAGUGAUUUUUCUUCCUGUUGUUGUUGUUGUUCCUGUAGAUAUGCAAACAGUAUUCGAGAUUAUUUAAAGAAUAAUAUUAUUAAUCGUUUACCGGCUAAUAUGCAAUCUGUUAAAGAUGAAGAAUUAGCAUAUCAUCCAAAUCCAAACAGUUAUGUCUUCUGUCGAUCGCUGAAGAAAAUUGAUUACAUCGAAGCAUUUGAUUAUAAUACUGAUGGUAGUCAAACGUCUGUGUCACUCACGUUGGAACCUGGUGCUCAACAUCUUUUACCAUACAGUUGUAUUCGACCAUAUGUGGAAAGUGGUGAUGUCAUCUUGAUAUGAGUGAAGUUAACUAAAUAAUAAUUAUUAUUGUUGAUUUUUUGAACGGAGUUUAGUGAUCGGUUACUGCAUUUCUACAGAAUUUUGCAUUUAGACAUUAUAUUUUUCUAAAUUUAUAUUCAUAAAAAUCUAUAGAGAGAUUACACUUUCUCUUGUCUGUUAUUACUCACUUUUGUGAGCAGGAUUCUUUGAAAGUGUACAGAUUAAUUUUUUACCAUUCAAAAUACAGAUGGAUAUAAAACUUCGUGAAACUGAUCUUGAUAUUAUAAAGUUUUACUAUUACACUUUUUGAUGGAAGUAUUGGAGUUAGGAAACCACAAUCCUCAUGUGUAAAUUGUUCAUUAUAGUUCAUGAUGGCUAAAAUUUUAUUUCGAUAAAGUUAUCCAGUAAUAUUUAUUAAUGACGUUUCGAGCACAGUUUAUUGCCACUCAUAAUCAUAUCAAGGUACUCACAUAACUCUCUUGCUUCGUUUAUAUUUCAUCACUUGACUUGAUUGGUAGCAGUACUUUCCAUAUUUCCGGUAUGAGUGAUGAGUCAUUCCUAUUGAACAUGUUGGAUGUAGACUCGAUGAACAAGAUUCAGUAAUCAACCUCCUUCUCCACCUUCCUAUAUUACUUCUUAGAAGUUUAACCCUCCACCACCCUAUUGUAUGGUUGUGUGUUAAUGCAUGUGGUGCAAUCUUUGAGCUUUUUUCUUUUCGGGGUAAACCAACCAUUCUUACCUUAGCCAAAUUCUUGUGUUCCGACAAUCUGACCAAUCCUGAUCUACUAGUUUGACCUAUAUAGUUGACUUAACUCAAAGUCAUUGCAAGAUAUUUUGCUUCGUUUCUAUACACUGAUGGAUAUGGAUACUGUGU